CAGAUGCACAAGGGUCACUGCUACCUGUUGUGAGACUUUGCAUGAGGAAUAAAGCUAGAGCUGACUGCACCUGCACCAUGUUGUUGAUGAACUAAACAACAUACUGCAACAAUUUGCUGCAAAGACAUUUUAAAAAGACUUUUGACCUAAAAUCUGGGCAUUUCAAAACAACAACGACUGUUCGAGGCUUCUACUUCCUUUUUGUCUAUUUUUGUACAUCGACUGACUCAAUUAACGUGCAAAAAGGGUGAUCAUUUGAAGAUCCCAAAUGGAGAAUCCGGGAUUCGAUCCUCCAGUAUAUGAAGAGAGUGAGCACAGAGACAUCAGGCCGUCCGUGGCCAGUGCCUUUGGGCAUGACACACUAGACCGCGUGCCCAACAUCGACUUCUAUCGCAAUGCUGGCAGUGUCAGUGGCCACCGCGCUGUUCGGCCCUCUCUGCAGGAGCUCCAUGAUGUCUUCCAGAAGAAUGGAGGGCUUGCAAUCCCUGACACAGUGGAAGAUGUCGAUGGGAGUGUUGAUACGCCUAGCGACGAUGCUGAGAUGGCUUUACCUCUCCCUGGAAAAAGUGGUGGUGGUGGUGUUAAGUUUGGCUGGAUAACCGGUGUUUUGGUGAGAUGCAUGUUAAACAUCUGGGGAGUUAUGCUGUUCAUCCGCCUUUCAUGGGUGUUUGGACAAGCUGGUGCUGGUCUAGGUGUGGUGGUCAUCCUCUUGAGUAUGGUGGUGACCAUUAUCACUUGUCUGUCCAUGUCUGCCAUCUGCACUAAUGGAGUGGUCAGAGGAGGAGGGGCAUACUACCUGAUCUCUCGUAGUUUAGGACCAGAGUUUGGCGGCUCCAUAGGGCUCAUCUUUGCCUUUGCCAAUGCUGUGGCCGUUGCUAUGUAUGUGGUCGGGUUUGCUGAGACUGUUGUGGACCUCCUCAAGGAUUACGAUUCCAUUAUGACGGACCCAACCAAUGACAUCAGGAUUGUUGGCUGCAUCACUGUGGUUGUGCUUUUAGGGAUUUCUGUGGCAGGCAUGGAAUGGGAAGCCAAGGCCCAGAUCGUUCUUCUUAUCAUCUUGCUCGUGGCCAUUGUCAAUGUGUUUGUGGGUACAUUCAUUCCUGCCACUGUGGACAAACAAUCAAAAGGGUUUUUCAACUACCAUUUAUCUAUUCUCUCGGAAAACUUAAUGCCUGAGUUUCGAGAUGGGGAGAACUUCUUUACUGUCUUUUCCAUCUUUUUCCCGGCGGCCACAGGAAUUUUGGCUGGAGCCAACAUUUCUGGUGAUCUAAAGGAUCCUAACGCUGCUCUUCCCAAAGGAACACUGCUGGCCAUUUUCAUCACAGGCAUAACAUACCUGGGUGUGGCCCUUUGUGUGGUGUCAACUACUGUCCGUGAUGCAACUGGCAUGAAUGAUACCAUUGUUGAAGGAAUGUCCUGCAACUAUUCUGUGGCAUGCGAUUUUGGAUACGACUUUUCAUCUUGUGCCACCGAAGACUGUGCCUUUGGAUUGAUGAACAACUUCCAGGUCAUGACCCUGGUGUCAGGAUUUGGGCCCCUCAUCAUUGCUGGCACAUUUUCAGCCACUCUCUCCUCAGCUCUUGCCUCACUUGUCAGUGCACCCAAAGUCUUUCAGGCACUAUGCAAAGACAAAAUCUACAAAGGCCUGGGAUUCUUUGCCAAAGGAUAUGGAAAAAACAAUGAACCCAUUCCAGCAUAUGUACUCACCUUCAUCAUUGCUGUGGCAUUCAUUUUAAUAGCCGAACUCAAUGUAAUUGCUCCCAUCAUAUCCAACUUCUUCCUGGCCUCCUAUGCCCUGAUCAAUUUCUCAUGCUUCCAUGCCUCCUGGGCUAAGUCUCCAGGAUGGAGGCCUGCCUAUAAAUAUUACAACAUGUGGUUGUCCCUGUUUGGGGCUGUGCUAUGCUGUGCUGUGAUGUUCGUCAUUAACUGGUGGGCAGCGUUGCUGACAUAUGCCAUCGAAAUCAUUCUUUACGUCUAUGUGACUGUCAAGAAGCCAGAUGUCAACUGGGGCUCAUCCACUCAGGCUGUCACAUUUGUCAGCGCAGUGAAUAAUACUCUUGCAUUGUCUGGUGUUGAAGAUCACGUCAAGAACUUCCGGCCUCAGUGCGUGGUGUUGACUGGGGCUCCAAAGAACCGGCCUGCCCUCCUAGAUCUAGCCCAUUCCUUAACAAAGAACUAUGGACUCUGCGUUACAUGUGAAGUAUUUGAGGGGCCUCGAGACAAGAAGGUACAGGAACUGAGCGCCAGUGUUGACAUUAACAUGGAGUGGCUCAAGAGUAAGAAACGCAAGGCGUUCUAUGCUGCAGUGGCAGACAACAGCUUCCGAGAGGGAGCUGCUUGUUUACUGCAGGCUGCUGGGCUUGGCCGUCUUAAACCCAACACGCUGGUUCUGGGAUUCAAGAGAGACUGGAGGACGGUUAAGAAAGAGGAUGUGCAUGACUAUGUUGGGGUGCUCCAUGACUCCUUUGACUUUGAGUAUGGAACUGUGAUGUUGAGGAUCAGCCAGGGACUUGACAUUUCCCCCAUCUUAAAAGUCAAUGAGGAAAUGUUGCAACAAGCAGACGAACAGCAGGCUGAGAAUGAGCAGUUCAGAGAUGGAGGCAAAGCCUUCUCCAAGAAAUCCAAAAGAAAGUCACAGCAAGUGCUUACAACACGAGUGUCCGUGAAUGUUCCACUGUCUGCAGAAGCGGCAAGGACAAACCAGGGACUGAUGGAUGCAAGUACACAAUUCGGAAAGAAGCUUGGCAAAGGCACCAUUGAUGUGUGGUGGCUGUUUGAUGAUGGAGGUCUGACCCUGCUGCUCCCCUAUAUCCUCACUACCCGAAAGAAAUUUAAGGAGUGCAAGCUGAGAAUCUUCAUUGCGGGGCUGCCUGGCCGAAUCCAACAAGACAAAGAAGAGAUGCAGUUACUCCUAAAAAAAUUCAGGAUCAAAUGUGAUGACAUCCUUGUCGUUCCUGACAUGAACGCCAGACCAAGCUCUGGGAGCUUAAAGGCAUUUGAUGACAUGAUUGCACCAUUCCGUCUGCACGAGGGCACCAAAGACACUCCUCAAGCAGAAGCUCUGAAAAAGGAGAGCCCCUGGAAGAUCACAGAUGCUGAACUGGAGACAUUUGAGGAGAAGACAAAUCUUCAAAUCCGCCUAAGCGAACUCCUUCAAGAGAGUUCCAGCACAGCCAAGCUCAUCAUUGUGAGCUUGCCCAUUGCUCGUAAGGGAUCUAUCUCUGACCACCUGUACAUGGCCUGGCUGGAUACCCUGACAAAGAACCUACCACCAACACUGAUGAUCAGAGGGAACCACAAGAGUGUGCUAACCUUUUACUCUUAAGCUGACAAUGAAAUUCCAUUCCGUUUCACAAACAAAAGCCACAUGUAUGCUAUUGAAUGGGUCAGUUACAUGAUCAGCAGCUAUGCUGCCCUCUUUUGGAAUUGUUAGUAUACAGUCUUUCAUUGUUAAAAGUGUACAUAGCUCAUGAUAGGCCACAUAUAAUGAUAAAGACAUUAAGAUUAGUGCAUUUUAAAAGCAACCUUGUAAAUGUCUGGUUAAGAAGGCCCACUCUGAGGGCAGAGAUAAAAAGGGUGAAAUGUAGAUAAAGAGAUUGUAUAAAGUAGGCUAAUUCUUACGCUAUAUUUCAUGCAGAGACAACCAUAUCUCCAGCAGUAUAUGUUUAAAGUAAUUCUGAGAACAGCUGUACAUUUUGAGAAAUUCUGCUAUUUUUAUUCUUAUAUCAGCAAAAAUAAUUGGUGAAGGGUUAUCUUACUGCCUGUGAUGCGUUAAUGCUUUCGUGUGUAGUCUAUUUAACACUGUUGUUGGUUUCUUUGUAAUUUGUGUUGGGAAUAAAUAAAAAAAGACUAUAAUGUGA